CUCCUCGGCAACCUGUUCUUCGGUGUCUUCUCUUUAAUUUCGAUUUAUUCCCUUUUUCUUCUUUCAAUUUCGAUUCAAUCUUUGUCGACAUGUGUAACUCGUUCUUUUUGGAGAAGUUUUGUUGGUUGUUGGAUUAUGUUUAUAGCCGACAGAAGCUUGGAUUUGUGGAACUUGACUUUAGAGGCGAUGUUGUGGCCUGAAUCUCCCCUAUUUCGUCUUCUAGGGUUUUGGUUGCUCUUUGCAAUUCUUUAUGGCAACAAGGAUAGAAAAAACUGACGUCGACAAAUACGGAUCUUUUUAGUUGUGAUGGUUAUUUGGUUUGUGGGGUUUGGGAUUGUUUUAUUAUCCGCGGCGCUGAAUGGUCCAACUUUUUUUGUGGAUUUUGCCGUGAAAAAUGAGGACUUUUUUUUUUCUCUAGAUUUGCGUCAGUCGCAGGCUUUACCUUAGGGGCAUGAAGUUUGGUGUUUUAAGAUAAAACGUCUUGUUUGUGGUAUGUUAUUAUCCUUAUGAUUCGCUAAGUACUUAUGGACAUCGUUGUUAUGAGAACUUGCUGUCUCUGGUCCUGUUUUCUCCUAUCUUUGCGGUAUUCAGUCCAUCACUCUGGUUUUCUGGACGCUUAAUCAAAAUGGCAGAUGGUCAUGAAACUGAUAAGAAUAUUGAGAUAUGGAAGAUUAAGAAACUAAUCAAGGCCUUGGAAUCUGCUAGAGGUAAUGGCACAAGCAUGAUAUCUCUCAUAAUGCCACCUCGUGAUCAAGUUUCUCGAGUUGCUAAAAUGUUGGGUGAUGAAUACGGAACUGCUUCAAACAUCAAAAGUAGAGUCAAUCGGCAGUCUGUGUUAGCAGCCAUAACAUCUGCUCAGCAGAGGCUGAAGCUAUAUAACAAGGUUCCUCCAAAUGGUCUGGUUCUUUACACUGGAACCAUUGUCACCGAGGAUGGAAAAGAAAAGAAGGUGACCAUUGAUUUCGAGCCUUUCAAGCCGAUUAAUGCAUCACUUUAUCUUUGUGAUAACAAGUUCCAUACUGAGGCUUUGAAUGAACUUCUGGAAUCUGAUGACAAGUUUGGUUUCAUAGUGAUGGACGGAAAUGGAGCACUUUUUGGCACAUUAAGUGGCAAUACACGUGAGGUACUUCACAAAUUUACUGUUGAUCUUCCAAAAAAGCAUGGUCGAGGAGGACAAUCGGCACUUCGAUUUGCUCGGCUUCGGAUGGAGAAACGUCACAAUUAUGUUCGUAAGACAGCUGAACUUGCCACCCAAUUCUUCAUAAAUCCUACCACAAGUCAGCCAAAUGUAGCUGGAUUGAUUCUGGCUGGUUCUGCUGAUUUUAAAACUGAGUUGAGUCAGUCUGACAUGUUUGAUCAGCGACUCCAGGCCAAGAUACUCAAUGUAGUUGAUGUUUCCUAUGGAGGUGAGAAUGGCUUCAAUCAGGCAAUUGAGUUGUCAGCGGAAAUUUUGUCUAAUGUGAAGUUCAUACAGGAAAAACGAUUAAUAGGGAAGUACUUUGAGGAAAUAAGCCAAGACACGGGGAAAUAUGUCUUCAGUGUUGAUGACACUUUAAAAGCUCUUGAGAUGGGUGCUGUGGAGACCUUAAUUGUUUGGGAAAAUCUGGAUAUUAAUAGAUAUGUGCUUAAGAACAGUGUUAAUGGGGAAAUCAUCAUAAAACAUUUGAACAAGGACCAAGAAACUGAUCAGAAUCAUUUCCGCGAUGCAGCUAACAAUGCCGAACUGGAGGUGCAGGAGAAAAUAUCUCUGCUGGAGUGGUUUGCUACCGAAUACAAACGAUUUGGUUGCACGCUCGAGUUUGUUACCAACAAAUCUCAAGAGGGUUCACAGUUCUGCAGAGGUUUCGGUGGCAUUGGUGGCAUAUUGCGCUAUCAACUUGAUAUGAGAUCUCUGGAUGAGUUUUCUGAUAAUGAAGUGUAUGAAGAUUCAGAUUAGAAGCUGGUCUCGCACGGAACAGCUGGCUCAGAUGCUUUCUGGUUUCCGACUCAUUUCUUGUAUUUUCUCAUUUAGAGCUAUCAAGGGUGCUCUGUAAGUCAUCAAGUGUUUGGCCUUUUUUCUUUUUGGAUUUUAGCGUAUAGUGUAGUGGCAUAGCAAUGAAAUACACUUUUGCAUAAGUUUUAUCAUUUGGUAAAAGAGAUGAUCCAAAGGGCAUCUAGUUGGUGAGUCAGUAGAGUGCAAAUGUCCAGCAGAGAAUUACUGCUUUGUUUGUGCUGGUUGUGGUACUCGAUGCAUUUUAGGAACUUUUGUGUUGUAUUUUAUCUUUUACUACCAGAAUAGUUUCUCAGUUGUUCCUUCACUUUAAAGUCAAUAUUCUUUAUCUA